CAAAGAUACAUGCCAGUCACUGGUGAAGACAGAAACAUGGAAUUUGGAGACCUCUUGAAGGUGAUUGGGGAAUUUGGGAGGUUCCAGAAAUUGCUGGUGUUCCUUCUCUGCAUUCCGAAUUUCCUCACUCCCUUUCACAUGUUUGGCCAAGUGUUCAUUGUCACGGACGUACCUCACCAUUGCAACACAAGCUGGAUCCGCAACCUUAACUUGAACCUAACAGAAGAGCAGGAGCUGAACUUGACAAUUCCCAGGAGACCAGAUGGAUCUCUCGAGGAAUGCCGUAUGGUUACUCCUGUGCAAGAGAUUCAAUCAAUUCAACCGAAUUCCACCGAAAAAUGCCAAGACGGUUGGAUCUAUCCUGCAGAGGUUCUGCCAACAUUGCUUACAGAGUUUAACUUGGUCUGUGAGCGAAAAAACUUAAACGACAUCUCUCAGUCCAUUUUGAUGGCGGGCGUUCUCGCGGGAGCUCUUGUCUUCGGUCCACUGAGUGACAGGACUGGGAGCCGAAACAUGAUCUUGCUCACCCUUCUCUUGAUGGGCUCCUUUGGCGUCGGGGCAGCCUUUGCACCCAAUUUGUAUGUCUACAUCGCCUUGAGGUUCAUUGUGGGUUCUUCUUUUGCUGGAAUCAGUAUAAGCAUGGCGGCUUUAUGUUCUGAGUGGGUCGGGGCUUCCUACCGCCCCCUUGCAAUGAUUAUCACUCACUGUUGCAAUGCUUUGGGGCAGAUGGUCUUGGCUGGCUUGGCUUACGGCAUUCGGGACUGGAGGCUGUACCAGAUUGUCGGCUCUGCCCCUGCGCUAUGCCUCUUUUUUUACAUAUGGGUCCUGCCCAGUUCUGCCCGAUGGCUUCUGAUGAGAGGGAAGGCAGAAGAAGCAAAGAAGAUGAUUCGGAGGGCAGCGGCGAUCAACCACCGAAGCGUCUCGGAAGAAAUGCUCAACAAGCUGGUUCCAGAAAAGAAGGCCAAAGCUGGAAAUGUCCUGGACCUUUUUAGGAAGGCACACCUAAGGAAACUUGUUUUAAUUAUGGCCUGGGUAUGGUUUGUGGACAGUCUGGUGUACUAUGGAGUGAGCCUCCACGUUGAGGAUUUCGGCCUGGACAUCUACACAACCCAGCUUGUCUUUGGAGCCAUUGAAAUACCAGCCCGUGCCUCCUGUAUCUUCCUGCUGCAGUGGAUGGGGAGAAAGAAAUGCCAGGCCAGCUGGCUUCUCCUGGCAGGAGUCAUAUGCUUGAUCAUCCCUGCAAUUCCAAAAACGUUCCCCGUCAUCGUGACUGUGCUGGCGGUUAUCGGCAAGGCCUCUCUUGGGGCCUCCUUUUCAACCACCUAUGUGUUCUCUGCAGAAGUGUUUCCCACAGUUGUCAGGCAGACCAGCUUAGGUUUGUGCUCCAUGUCUGCCAGAAUUGGCGGCAUCCUCGCCCCACUGGUCGGUCUUCUGGAUGAGAUCCACCCUGCAAUUCCAAUGGUGCUACUUGGAAGCACGGCGUUGGUUGGAGGAAUCCUCUGCUUCUUUCUUCCUGAGACACGGGACAGAGAUCUUCAAGAUGACACCACCAAGGCACCGUCAAGCCAGUGA